GCUCGGUCAGGUCAGUCCAGUCCGGCGGUCACUCGAGAUCCCAUUGGCGCGACGACGGCGGGCACGGAGAGGGGGCUAUCUAUAACAAACGCUGUUUUUGGCCUCCCGAUUCCCGCUGCGCCUCCGCCCACUCCCAUCGCGCACAUCCCCGAUUGAACAGCAGAACUGAGAAGAAGCCCGGGUCGAAAUAAGAAGCGCUGCACGCCCAAACCCUCGUGCCCACAAUUCGGUCCUGGAUCCACACCUUCUCAAGCCCUUAAAGCCCGGGGCCGCUCCUGCGCACAUAUACUUAGCGCACACGCCCCCCCCCCUCCUCUCCCGUGGCUUCCGCUCCGUGGCCUCGUGUGCCUGUCCCGCGCAAAGCCAAUACGGUCGUCGUCGCAUUGUCCGCGCUUACCCAGCACAUCGUAUAAAACCACGAUCUACCCUCGGUCCGAAGCCAUCUACAACCUCCUCCCACCGACGACAUCGUCUUCUCUGACCUCAUCGUCAUCAAUGUCCUCCUACACCACGUCUUACCCUGCGUCCCCCUCCCCGUCGCCCUUCGCCGCCGCCUCGGCGCCCUCCCCGCCCUUCUCGCCCUCCAGCACCCCGCCACCCACCGGCGACCGCUUCGCCUUCGCCCGCGUCAAAGGCACCGUCUGCCUCGUCCAACUACCCGACGACGCCUCGCUCCUCUCCCCGCUCACCCCGCCCUCCCUCUCGCUCUUCCGCCACGAAUUCGGCACCAUCUUCCGCUUCGCCGCGUCCCGCGCCGUGCACCCGUCCGAGCUGCGCGUGCUCGAGCCCGUCCCCGCCGACCUCGUCCGGUACGAGCCCGACUCGGGCCAGGCCUUCCUCGCCCGCGGCUGCGUCGCGCGCCUCGCCAAGCUCACCAUGGCGAACAACAACGUCGAGCAGCAGCAGCAGUACGCUUACGCCGGGCAGAGGAGGGGGAGCGCGGCCGCGGGCGGCAGCGGUCGACGCGUGAGCCGGUAUUCGACCUCGACGCGGUCGUGAGAAGAGGAGGGGGGGGGGGCAGGCCGGAAGGGGGAGCAAUGCUACGUGCGCGUGUACACACACACGCCUCCCACUUCUGGGCAUAUACGCUCGCUGUUCCCCCGGCAGCCUCCGUCUCUUCACAAUAGCAUCUUCUCUCUUUCCUCUCUCGCCACGAUCUCCACGACUUCCAUUCUCUCUCUCCACCUUGCCCCGUCCUCGUGUUAAUUUUUUACCAACCGUUCGGAUAUCCUGCCCCUCCCCUCCCCAAACACGUUCAUGGCGCGGCACAGCACUGUACACUACCCAUUCAAGCAUUUCGAUCUUCAUCAUUAUCGUGUACAUAAGUUAGAGUGUAUCGUUAUAAUCGAUUCUCCUAUAUAUCA